UAGUGCAUCGUAAACUUUUCGCCGCAAACACUUUAACACUGGAGCUUUUCACUGGCGGGAGGCCGGCGGCUAUCAUCAGCUUUGGCCCCAAAAAAGCUUGAUAAAAUAAAGCUUACACGCACGUGACGACACUGCCAAACCGGCUGGCUGGAGCUAGCCAGUUCUCCCAUCAGCUGCUCUGCGAUCAGUUUCCAUUUGUUUACAUUUCUUUGUAUCUCAGGGAAUCAUGAGAAUCCGCAGCAAUCCGCUGCCCCGGCGGCUGGUGGAUGUCUUGUGUUUCCUGCUCAUCGGGGUCUUUCUGCCGGUGGUCUUCAUGUUCGAAAUUGUGGUGGUGCUCCCAGCUUUCCAUGAGCCAGGAGGCUUCUUUCACACUUUCACCUUCCUGAUGGCCAUGUUUCUGGUGUUUAAUAUCAAGGGAAACAUGAUUGCCUGCAUGAUGAUCGACACUAGUGUGGAUGUCAAAAAGGUAGAACCCCCAGCAGAUGCUUUGGAUUGGCGAGAGUGCACCGACUGCAAACCUCCUCGGUUAGUUCCCCCCAGAUCUUGGCACUGUAAGAUCUGUAAGGUCUGUGUGCUGAAGAGAGAUCACCACUGCCUGUACACCGGCUGCUGUAUCGGCCUGCGGAACCAUCGCUUCUUCAUGGGCUUCAUCUUCUACCUCUUUGUGGGUUCCGUGUACGCUUUGGUCUACAAUUCCAUUUACAUGUGGAUCAUCCAGGGUCACAUCUACUGCAACUGGCUGACGUUGCUCAAGCUGACCUGCCCUAUGCUGCUCCUGGUAACUGGCAACCUGUGGAGUAACAUGUACCUGCUUUUCUAUAGCUUAAAUAUCCUUGCUCUGGCUUAUGGCGUACUUCUGUUGGGCUACCAUGUGCCCAUCGUUCUACGGGGUGGCGUGUCAGCGGAUCGCACCGAAGAGAGCAAACACAAAUUCGAUCGAGGAGUAAGGCGGAAUUUACGGACUGUUUUUGGCAACCGCAUGCACAUUGCGUGGAUAUCUCCGCUGAUUCGCAGCGAUCUGCCAGACGAUGGGUACCAUUGGAGGUCCCUUGCUAAGGAUAAGUAAGACUAUAUCGUUUUAAGAUCUAGGUUAGAUAGAUCUCGAGGUAACCCGUAUAUGAGCACAGUGACCUUCCCUCCUUUGGACUGAGAGUACAUUAGUCUCAGGGUUGUAAAGUUGCCUCCUAUUCCGCCAGACAAAAUAAUUGCACGGCCUUUCCGUUCCAAAUCGCUUUCAUCUAGGACCAAAAUCAUGUUUAUAAUAAAACUCAAUGCAGACGGCUUAGAAAUAAAUAUAAAAGCUUUAAUACUUA